CUAUUUCCUAGAAAAGAUGGAGUUUGGAAGGGAGAGAGAAGAGAGGAUGAAAUCCAAAGGUUUGACUGUACCCGAAAAAUGAGAACAAAUUUUAAAAAAUAAGUGGGGGAGCAACAGAUUCACAUCUCCCACAAUUCACUCUUCCCUUCCCUUCCCUCCCUCCCUCCCUUUGCCUUCUCUCUCUCUCUCUCUCUCUCUGUUCCCUUGCCUACCCCCAAUGCACCACCAUUCAACCUGUCCUCUCAAGAGACUCACUACUACUAAUAUUCUAUUCUCCUCUCUCUCCCUCUGAAAUGUGUGCGUGUGGAGAUUUCACUUUACUUGGUCUUGACAUCUUUUUCUUUCUUUACUUCUAUGCCUAUUUUCUUCUCCUCCUCCUUUUCCUAAGCAUCCACCUCUGCCUGGCACCUGGGCUGAGCAGCCUAGCACGACUGCUUGUUCUCGUUCGUGUUUCUGGCUGAUUCUUGAAUAAUUUUGGUUUAUUUGAUUGGUAAUGAUGCUAUUUCUAGUACUAGUUCAUGUCUGUCACACGGUGGUAAUGCUAUCUGUCAACAAGUGACAGCCGACAUUUCUUUCUUUCUGCACAUCGUACCCUUCCCCUCACACACACGCACACUUCUGUCUUCUUCCUUAACUGAUUCUCUGAUUUCCUUGGACUUAAUUUGUACUGUACAAGAAACCAUCACAUCACCUCCCCUCUACUUCAUAACUUCUCCAGAUUUUCAAGCAGCAAGUCAAAGUUUGGAAAUUUGGUGAAAUAUGAAACCUCAGAAGAUGAUUUAAUUAAGAACAGAUCUCUAAAUGCUUUGGGAGAGAUGCUUCUUUGAUUGGAAGGAAGAUACAGAGAAGCUAACAGACAGAAGAAAGGAGAGAUUAAGCUGUCAUUUUUUCAAGAUUGAUUCAAUUGCACCACUAAUGCAGAGAGACUAAUUAAGAGGGGAUAUUUCAGCAAAUCUGAACACCCAGAUUAACCCCAAAAGGAAAAAAAAUGAAGAAACAAUGGAGGAUAUCAUCACAAAGGCCACCACCCAAAGCCAUGAUUAGAAUCUUUGGUUAUGUGUUGCUGUUGCUAUUUAUGCCAUCAUCAUCACAAACCAGAGAGUUGUCAUCGCAGCAAAGUACCAAUGAUGAAGUUGUGGGAUUAUUAGCCUUCAAGAAAUCCUCUGUUCACUCUGAUCCAAGUAAUUUAUUAGCCAACUGGUCUCCGAAUUCUGCUACUCCAUGUUCAUGGUCAGGCAUCUCUUGCUCUCUUGAUUCCCAUGUCACCACUCUCAACCUCACCAACGCUGGUCUGAUUGGAACCCUAAACCUCUAUAACCUAACUGGGGCCUUGCCAUCUCUCAAACAUCUUUAUUUGCAAGGCAAUUCUUUCUCUGCUUCUGAUCUUUCUGCUUCCUCUUCUUGUGUUCUUGAGAGUCUUGACUUGUCUUCAAACAACAUCUCGGACCCUCUUCCAAGAAAGUCCUUUUUUGAGUCUUGCAGUCACCUCUCUUAUGUUAAUCUCUCUCAUAAUUCCAUUCCUGGUGGUUCCCUUCGAUUUAGUCCUUCCUUGCUACAGCUUGACCUCUCUCGCAAUACUAUUUCCGAUUCCACCUGGCUGGCCUACUCUCUUUCCACCUGCCAGAACUUGAAUCAUCUUAACUUCUCCGAUAACAAGCUUGCUGGAAAACUUGCGGUGACUCCCUUGUCCUGCAACAGUUUAUCGGUUUUAGACCUAUCAUACAAUCUAUUAUCUGGGGAGAUACCACCUAAUUUUGUUGCAGACUCUCCAUCUCUCAAAUAUUUGGAUCUCUCACACAACAACCUCUCUGCCAACUUCUCCAGCCUUGAUUUUGGGCACUAUUGCAAUCUUACUUGGCUCAGUUUGUCACAAAAUAGGCUCUCCGGCAUUGGAUUUCCAUUAAGUUUGAGGAAUUGUUUGCUUCUACAGACGCUUAACCUCUCCCGUAACGAGCUACAAUUAAAGAUUCCUGGUACCUUUUUGGGGAGUUUCACGAAUUUAAGGCAGUUGUCUCUGGCUCACAAUCUGUUUCAUGGUGACAUUCCUCUUGAGUUGGGACAGACCUGUGGAACUCUACAGGAAUUGGAUCUAUCAGCAAACAAACUCACUGGUUGCUUGCCGCUGACUUUUGCAUCGUGUUCUUCUAUGCAGAGUCUGAAUCUUGGCAACAAUCUACUCUCCGGGGAUUUCCUCAUUACUGUUGUAAGCAAUCUUCAAAGUCUGAUAUAUCUGUAUGUUCCAUUCAACAACAUUACCGGUACCGUCCCUCUUUCUCUCGCAAAUUGUACUCAGCUUCAAGUGCUUGACCUCAGUUCUAAUGGCUUCACGGGGGAUGUUCCUUCUAAGUUGUGUUCCUCCUCGAAUCCAACAGCACUCCAAAAGUUACUCCUAGCUGAUAAUUACCUAUCAGGAAAAGUUCCAUCCGAGCUUGGAAGCUGCAAAAACCUGAGGAGCAUUGAUCUUAGUUUCAACAGCUUGAAUGGACCAAUUCCCUUGGAGGUUUGGACCUUGCCAAAUCUUUUGGACUUGGUAAUGUGGGCAAACAAUCUCACUGGUGAGAUCCCGGAAGGCAUUUGUGUUAAUGGAGGAAACCUCGAGACUUUGAUUCUCAAUAACAAUCUCAUCACAGGAAGCAUUCCUCAGUCCAUUGGUAAUUGCACUAAUAUGAUCUGGGUUUCUCUUUCCAGCAACCGGCUUACUGGAGAAAUUCCUGCUGGCAUUGGAAAUCUAGUUGACCUGGCUGUUCUCCAAAUGGGUAAUAAUUCACUUACCGGGCAAAUACCACCAGAGCUUGGCAAGUGUCGGAGCCUCAUUUGGCUUGAUUUGAACAGCAACAACCUAACUGGUCCUCUUCCACCUGAGCUUGCAGACCAAGCUGGUCUAGUUGUUCCUGGAAUUGUAUCCGGGAAGCAGUUUGCAUUUGUAAGAAAUGAGGGUGGGACAUCAUGCCGAGGUGCUGGGGGACUGGUUGAAUUUCAGGGGAUCCGGGCAGAAAGGUUGGAAAAUCUUCCUAUGGUUCACUCUUGUCCUACAACAAGAAUUUAUUCUGGCAUGACAGUUUAUACAUUCGUCACAAAUGGCAGCAUGAUAUUCCUUGAUCUUGCCUACAAUUCGUUGUCAGGAACUAUCCCUCAAAAUUUUGGUUCGAUGAGCUAUUUGCAGGUCUUGAACUUGGGGCACAAUAAGCUAACUGGAAAUAUUCCUGACAGUUUUGGGGGUUUGAAAGCGAUUGGAGUUCUGGAUCUCUCACACAAUGAUCUCCAAGGAUUUCUGCCAGGGUCUUUAGGGACUCUCUCAUUUCUUAGUGAUCUUGAUGUGUCGAACAACAACCUCACUGGUCCUAUCCCUUCUGGAGGGCAGCUAACUACUUUCCCCCAAUCCAGGUAUGAAAACAAUUCUGGCCUCUGCGGUGUACCAUUGCCCCCUUGUAGCUCUGGAGGUCACCCACAAAGUUUUGCCCCUCGGGGAAAGAAGCAAUCUGUGGAAGUAGGGGUGGUCAUUGGCAUCACAUUUUUCGUCUUAUGCCUCUUUGGUCUUACAUUGGCUCUUUAUCGAGUAAAGAGGUACCAGCGGAAGGAAGAACAGAGGGAGAAGUACAUCGACAGCCUCCCAACUUCAGGUAGCAGCAGCUGGAAACUUUCAGGUGUUCCUGAGCCUUUGAGCAUCAACAUUGCCACUUUCGAGAAACCUCUAAGAAAGUUGACUUUUGCCCAUCUACUUGAAGCUACGAAUGGUUUCAGUGCUGAUAGCUUAAUAGGGUCUGGUGGAUUUGGAGAGGUAUACAAGGCACAACUAAAAGAUGGAUGUAUUGUUGCUAUAAAGAAGCUGAUUCAUGUCACAGGUCAGGGGGACAGAGAGUUUAUGGCAGAAAUGGAAACUAUUGGGAAGAUCAAGCACCGCAACCUGGUUCCUUUGUUGGGUUACUGCAAAAUUGGAGAGGAGAGGCUUCUUGUGUAUGAAUACAUGAAAUGGGGGAGUUUAGAGUCUGUUCUUCAUGACAGGUCCAAAGGAGGAUGCUCAAGGCUUGAUUGGGCAGCAAGAAAGAAGAUUGCAAUAGGGUCAGCAAGAGGCCUUGCUUUCCUUCAUCACAGCUGCAUACCUCACAUUAUCCACCGUGACAUGAAGUCUAGUAAUGUUCUUUUAGAUGAAAACUUUGAAGCGCGGGUAUCUGAUUUUGGAAUGGCAAGAUUGGUGAACGCCCUUGACACACAUCUUAGCGUGAGUACACUUGCAGGAACUCCAGGUUAUGUGCCCCCUGAGUAUUAUCAGAGCUUUAGAUGCACAUCAAAAGGGGAUGUCUACAGCUAUGGUGUCAUACUUCUGGAGCUCCUCUCGGGCAAGAAGCCCAUAGAUUCCGCUGAGUUUGGUGAUGAUAACAACCUUGUUGGAUGGGCAAAGCAGCUAUAUAGAGAGAAGAGAAGCAAUGGGAUACUGGACCCUGAGUUGAUGACACAAAAAUCUGGAGAAGCUGAAUUAUACCAGUAUUUGAGAAUCGCAUUCGAGUGCCUUGAUGACAGGCCUUUCAGACGGCCGACCAUGAUACAGGUUAUGGCUAUGUUCAAAGAGCUUCAGGUUGACUCUGAAAGCGAUAUCCUAGAUGGAUUCUCCUUGAAAGAUGCAAGCAUUGAUGAAUUCAGGGAGAAAGAGUCCAGCUAAUGAUGUUUAGCUUUUGAUUGGACUUUAAGGUUUUGUCUUUUGGCACCUUUGAUCUGCUCUGCCUGUGAUUACAGAUAUGGAAGUGGUCAUUUGCGCUUCUGAAUUGGAUAUGGGGUAAUCCUUCAAACUUCAGCUACUGUAAAUAAUAGAAUGCUGAAAUGACACUGAGAAAGUUGCUGGAAAAUGGGGAGAGAACAAACGAGCGGGUCUUUCAGUUGCUCAACGAUGGGUAACUUAUACUUUUUGUUUCCAUUGAUCAUGAUGUAUAAUGCAAAAGACUUGAAACUGUCUCUCUUCACCAUUAGCUUCUUUAUUCCGUCACAGUUUUGCUAACUGAUGCUUCACUAUUUGUUUGUUUAUUUUCCAAUUAUUGCUGUUUAUAGGAAGCCAUGAUUUUAGAAAUGAACACACAGUUCUGUAAAGUUGUAGUGGUAGCAUUGUUGGAAAGUAAAUCACAAAGUACAUUUCUUGCAUUUAGUAGUAAACUUCAGUAGAUGAUGUGGAACGGAUUACGGCAAUUGAUUCAGGAAUAUGAUGAUCCACAAGCAUUUCUUUUCCA